ACCAAACACAGAAAGGGCAAGAGGCUAUUAUUGCACUUUUGUGCUAUUUAUGUACGGAUGUGCGUACAUAUGGCAUUGUACACCUUAAAACUUCAAACUGCUUGGUUAAAAAUUGGACCGACCCAGGAAGUUGGGUCAGGUUGUUUUGUUCAAUUGUCCAAUUUUUAACCCAAAUUGGUUUGUUUUUAACCCAACAUGUAUAAGGGUGGAAUUUCUUGAUCCACUUUGACUCCAAAUCUUCAAAAUUGUUUCUUGUUCAUAGUAAUUAGGUAGUGAUAUCAAUCAAAGAUGAGUUUUAAAUAGUGAGGAAGUUUUUAUUUUUUAGGCAUGUCAGUCUGUAUUCUGGCAAAUUCCACUCAUCUGCUGACCAUUGCUUUUUUUUCGUUAUUUAACAGAAGGGUUCGAACAAUUCUUAUUAAGCCUUAUUUCCACUUUCAUAAUACAGUAUGGUGCGCUUUGAAUGAUCACACUUUACAAGAAUCACACUCUCUCUUUCCCACCUUUUCUGUUUUCUUUCCUGUUCUGUUUAUCGGUAGCAAGCGAUCCAAAGAAUAUGCUUCGCUUCUGUAAAGGACAGGCGGAGGAAAUGUGCGUGGGGGGACCGAGUGGGCGGAGUUGUUAUCAAAGAGAAAAAUAAAGACCAAUCGUGGGGGGGGGGAAAGGUGUGAUUUGGUAAUCACAACCACACAUUGGCACCCGUCUGCAUAUUCUUAACUGCGCCGUGGCUCAAAUCAGCCGCAACACACACGCGCACGCCUCCAUCGCCGAUAGAACUCGGAGGUACCGGCAGGGCCCGCAGUCACACAGUCCCUUCGGCGGAGCAGGUGUUUUUCGGCAACGUGCUAAUGAGCGUGGCCUGCUGUCAUUCCAGCUUUAAAUGGAUGUCGCAAAUAGAACAGACACCAUCAAACGCACACGCACACACGCCGCCUAUUCUCCUCUUGCGGCAAAUCAGCCCAAAAAAGGUGAUCGGAGCUGUUGCUCGCACAGAUGCCAUUUGUCUAUUUUCACCAGGUGUGUUCUGGAGGAAUGCUUAAUUAAAAAAAACAGCCUUGAGAAGGAGGCGAGCAUUGCUGCCAGUGAGCGGCUGCUGCUCGAAAGUGUCAAGCUGGUGAAUACAUAAAGAACUGGCGGCCGCGUUACUUCCUGCUCAAGACGGACGGCUCGUUCAUCGGCUACAAGGAGAAACCUCAGGACGCCGACCUGCCCUACCCGCUAAACAACUUCUCCGUAGCAAAAUGCCAGCUGAUGAAGACGGAGAGGCCCAAGCCCAACACCUUCAUCAUUCGCUGCCUCCAGUGGACCACCGUCAUCGAGAGGACCUUCCAUGUGGAAUCCCCCGAUGAGAGAGAUGAGUGGACGGAGGCCAUCCAGAUGGUGGCAGACAAGCUGCAGAAGCAAGAGGAGGAGAGGAUCCAGUGUAGUCCCACCUCCAACAUCGACAACAUGGUGGAGGAGGAGAUGGACAUCUCCACCACGCAUCACAAACGCAAGGUAGCUAACACAAUGAGCGACUUCGACUACCUGAAGCUGCUCGGAAAGGGAACGUUUGGGAAAGUGAUUCUUGUCCGGGAGAAGGCCAGCGGGAAAUACUAUGCCAUGAAGAUUCUAAAAAAGGAAGUCAUCAUCGCCAAGGAUGAAGUGGCACACACACUCACAGAGAGCCGAGUGCUAAAAAACACCAGACACCCCUUUCUCACCUCAUUGAAGUAUUCGUUCCAGACAAAAGACCGCCUCUGUUUUGUCAUGGAGUAUGUGAACGGCGGAGAGCUGUUUUUCCACUUGUCCAGAGAGCGGGUGUUCUCCGAGGAGCGCACGCGAUUCUACGGCGCCGAGAUCGUCUCGGCGCUGGAUUACCUGCACUCGGCCAAGAUCGUGUACCGCGACCUCAAGCUGGAGAACUUGAUGCUGGAUAAAGAUGGCCACAUCAAGAUAACCGACUUCGGCCUGUGCAAGGAAGGCAUCACGGACGCCGCCACCAUGAAGACCUUCUGCGGCACGCCCGAGUACCUCGCACCCGAGGUGCUGGAGGACAACGACUACGGGCGGGCGGUGGACUGGUGGGGCCUGGGCGUGGUGACGUACGAGAUGAUGUGCGGCCGCCUGCCCUUCUACAACCAGGACCACGAGAAGCUCUUUGAGCUCAUCCUGAUGGAGGACAUCAAGUUCCCGCGCACGCUCUCGGCCGACGCCAAGUCACUGCUUUCGGGACUCCUCAUCAAGGACCCGAACAAACGGCUCGGCGGUGGACCAGAUGACGCCAAAGAAAUAAUGAGGCACAGUUUCUUUACCGGAGUCGACUGGCAGCAUGUGUAUGACAAAAAGAUGGUUCCUCCGUUCAAGCCUCAAGUGACGUCGGAGACGGACACCAGGUACUUUGACGAGGAGUUCACGGCGCAGACCAUCACCGUGACGCCGCCGGAGAAAUUCGACGAGGACGGCAUGGACUGUUUGGACAACGAGAGACGACCGCACUUCCCGCAGUUCUCCUACUCGGCCAGCGGGCGGGAAUGAACCACACGCCCCCUCUAACCCCGCCCCCUGCUGUGACAUCAUUACAGCUGGUCUAUGAGAUCAUCAGCGUGGGACACUCAAAAGAGGAAACCACAGCUUUCGGACCCGGGAGAAUCUACCCAAGGAAGGAUUUUGCCAUCCUUUUUCCUUUUUGUCAGCCAUUUUUGUCUCAUUCAUGGUUUACGAAGGGAGCGAAAGGUACGAAGGCGGUUAGCCGCUAAUGUGACGGGCCCCGGUACGACUGCUGCGCUUUGACUGGUUCGUUCCUCGCUGGCCAUGCACACAUACACAUACACACACACACACGCGUGACUCGGUUGUAAACUCAGGCUUUUCUUGCACACGUGAACCAUUCUGGGAUCGACUGAGCGGGUCUGGUAGGCAGGAGUUGACUCAGGUGCAAUUUCCCACUCGUCGUUGCUGCUAUUCCAACUUCCGCCUCUAGGACGCAUACUCUAUGCGUCUCUUCAACCGGACUACUGCUAAACAGAUCUAUCGCUAGUAGGACUGGGUCAUAUAACCUUCAAAUAAAACCUAAUUUUCCUCAUGACAAUAUUUGAAACAAGCUUGACUUUUUUGCUCCUGAUACCAAAACAAGCUUGGAAACAGUUCUCUUUGCCCAACAUUAAUUUGCAUCAACUUCGACAGAAAUAGUAGGAAUAAAAAGCUACAUUUUUGCAGAUACAUUGCUAUUGGUCUCAUUAUUGAGCACUCAAAAAGUCUGAACAAAAUCAAACUGUCCAAAAACCAAAGCAAUAUUUCCCAUAGGAAAUCAUGUAAAUCCACCUAAUCCAUGAGAGUCACUUUUUUUCAGAUUUACAAUUUCAUCACAAUCCCCUUUUCAUUUACAACCAUGUUGUCAGUGUACGCAGUGCAUGUCAACAAGGAUCCUCGCUGAAAAUAAAAGUUGUCCUGAGCAAUAAACGGGACAUAAUCAAUAGAAUGGAAGUAUGGCCCAGCCCUAACUGCUAGCUAGCGACACAUCUAUGCCUCAGCUUGCUAACUCGCUGCUACCGUGGUCGCUAGGUCGCAUCCAUGCGGAUCUAGCCGACAAACGACAUAACCGAUCGAGGAUGUCACCUUGGCACGCGAGGAGGUUCACGUUCAAGCGCAGCAGUUCCCCAACCACGCCCCUUUAUAGCUUUACGACCCACAAUGCAACGCUCGCCCGUCAAUUUAAGACUGGAGGCCGGCGCCACGCAACGCCGCCGUGGAUGCAAACGUAUUUAUAAUGAGGAUCUUUCCUUGGUGGAAGUACUUCUGGCUUAUUUAUUAUCCCGCUCAUCGUCCCCUUUUUCUAUUUGACUUUUUUCUAUUAACCGACAGGCGAUUCUACCGGACGAGUCUUUGUGCGUUAGGGCUGAGAAAACAAAAUGGCCGAAGAAUGUAGGAGGGGGACCCGGUUCUGUCGCUUAUUACCUCCGCCAAGCAUUAUUUGUGUAUUUAUUACUUUGUUUGUUAGGCCGCUUGUGUGCAGGACCAACGCCUUGCCUGGCGGAGGCCUUGUGGCCGUGAGAGGUUGCUGGAGAGCACAGACCUCCACCAAGGGCUUUUUAUAUUUUAUUGGGACCCAUAUUCAUGACUUCAUAGAAGAUUCCACUGUAGAUGACUAUAUGCACUUUUCACCCCCCCCCCCCAAAAUAAUCUGUGAAUUAUUUAUAAUUUUUAUGUUUUGUUUUGUUUCACUAUAAACGUGAAUUCAGAUAUGAAUGACAAAUAGUAAUUUUGUCUGUAUGUCUCUUUGUUCAAAGCUAGAGUUACCUUGGUGGAGGUCUGAGUUUUUGGAGCUCUUCUGUUGUUGUUUUCUCUUGUUUUGUUUUUUCGAGGUCUUCUUUGUGUAUUGCGAUCAAACUGUGACGAGCGCAGACGACCGGAUACCGGAUACGCGGCAACUUUACUGAUAAGCACUUGAAAUGUUUGUGUGAGUUGGACAGGAAAAGUGAGGCGCAAGUAGAAAUGCAGAGGACGACUGUGAAAGAGGACAAGCGGAAGUGGAAGAAAAGUGAAGGCAAGUCAGCACUGAAGAAGGCUGGAGAAAGAAUCACCAGCGACAUUGUAAGUUUGAAAGCACCAUGCCGUCGUGAUUAUCGGCCGAUCCCAGUUCCGAUCCGGCUUGCCUGUUGAGGACUUUACAUUUUUUAAACGCGAGUGAGAAUGUUCAUUUAUCUGUAUGCGAUGGACUGCGGGUGGCCAGUACAGGGUCCAAGUCAGCUGGGGUGGGCUCCAGCUGCAGAACCACGUUUUGUCACGUCAGUCGUUGGUUGAAGCGGUCGCGUCUUCCAACGUUGCAGCCGGCCGGUCCUUCCGUGUUUGUUUGUCUUCGUCACACGCCACCAAAGCCUUACGCUUUCCCUCCAAAACAAUGACGGAAAAGGUUUGAUUCAUUUCAGUAAAAACGAAAAAAAAAAAAAAACUACAACAUCUUUUGAUGCAUUUAACGUACGAUGCAGUUGAAAUAGACAAAAUGUAUGUCAUGCUAUUUAUUAUCAUUUGAAUGUCACUGUGUUACUAUCACUUGAAUUUGUUUUCUAAUUAAUUUAUUGGAUGUCUUUGUGUUCAUUCUGCAGUCAGACUUCUUUUGAAAAAAAUAAAUGCAUCCCUUUUAUUCUU